AUGUCCUUCGUUGCUCCUCCUGGCUACCAGCCGAUCUACGGCCCUAAUAUUCCCUAUGUGGGGCCCAUUCAUGGGGGCCUGAGGGAGGGUGUGUCCAUCUACAUCCAGGGGUCCAUUCCUGAGGACAUUACCAGGUUCCAUAUCAACCUGCUCUGUGGAGAGUCUGAGUCCAGCGACCUCGCACUUCACUUCAACCCUCGAUUUGACGGAAGGGACAAGGUGGUCUUCAACUCGUGUGAAGGGGGAUCCUGGGGCAGUGAGCACAAGACUCAUGAUAUGCCCUUCUGUAAAGGCAAAGCCUUCGAAAUGGUCAUCCUGGCAACUUCACAAGGCUACGAGAUCAAAGUCGACGGGAAUGACUUCUACACCUUCGAGCACCGCCUCCCCGUGGAGAGGGUUCGUGCCAUGCAGAUCGCAGGAGAUGUUCGCAUCCAGACCAUAAACGUCAUCGGGGGAGGAUACCAAGGUGGCAUGGGAGGAGGCAUGGGAGGAGGCAUGGGAGGAGGGUACCCAGGAGGUGGCAUGGGGGGAGGAUACCCAGGUGAUAUGGGAGGAGGCAUGGGAGGAGGCAUAGGAGGAGGCAUGGGAGGAGGCAUGGGAGGAGGCAUGGGAGGAGGCAUGGAAGUAAGUACAAUACCAAGUGCUUCUUUACAGGGAGGUUAUCCAGGAGACAUGGGAGGUGGUAUGGGGGGUGGAUUCCCAGGAUCAAACCUGCCGGGCAUGGGCGGGCAGCCAGUCUACAACCCUCCCAUACCGUACUCUAACAUGAUCCCAGGAGGCAUGUACCCUAAGAGGACCAUCAUCAUCAGAGGGAUGUUGCCCUAUGGAGCCGACAGAUUGUACAUCAACUUCGUGGUGAGCAGAUCUCGGGACAUCGCCUUCCACAUGAACCCCCGGGUGAGGGAGGGGGUCGUGGUGAGGAACAGCAUGAUCGGAGGGACCUGGGGCCAGGAGGACAGAGAGAUGAACAUGAACCCCUUCAUGGAGGGACAGUACUUUGAUAUGUCGAUCCGCUGCGGGAACCAGAGGUUCAAAGUGUUUGUGAAUGGGCAGCACUUGUUCGACUUUGUCCACCGCCUGCAGUCCUUCAAUGAGGUGGACAUGCUGGAGAUAGAUGGCGACGUGCAGAUCUCCUACAUCCACUUCUGA